AUGUGUGACUUUGACGAAUUCGUCUUCACCUGUGGACACUCCACGUUCCGUCUCAAAGCUUACUGCCACCGCGCGCGCAACGACCCCUACAAGGAGUGUCAUUACGUCAAGAAGCUCCGGGAUGUCUGGGACCAGACGUAUCCGUGCAGUGAGUGUGUGAACAGGGCACAAGCGGCGGCAGCGGCGGGGCAAGGUAUGCAUAUGGGAAACGACCAAGGGCAGCAAGGUCAGGGACACCAGCAGGGGUAUCAAGAACAGUAUCAGCAGUACUAG